AUGGAAAGGCUGCCGGCGCCGAACUUGGAAACUCCGUCAAACAGAGAUGCUCGGGAAUUUACCGGAGAGGACUCCCCUGGCCAAAUGACCUACAUCGGCGGCUGGACCGGCCCUGAGAGAGGCGGCAAAUGCAUCUUUGACAACCAGGUCCACAGCAAAACACACCGCGCCCUGCAUUGGGCUUCUCCUGGCGCUUCUCAUCUCUCUCUCUCUGUACUUGCAGGAUGUGUACGUGGGCGAGUGGGUCACCGGCCAUGCGGACGGGUCAGCCAAUGAUGCCACACCGCCAUCUGCCGCAAUGCAUGGGAGAUGCCGCUGCGUGUGUUUCUCGCAGACACGGCGUAAGAGUAUGGGAUGACGGCUGCCGCUACGAAGGCCAAUGGAAGAACGGCCUGGUGAGAUCGGUUCAACUUGCUCAUCCAUGGGUGCGUAAUCUUCCGUGGUUGUGUGUGCAUGUGCAGCCGCAUGGCAGGGGGAAGGUCACCCAUGUCGAUGGCGGCUACCAGGAUGGCCAGUGGGGGCAGGGGAUUCUGACAGGGUGGGCGGAUGAACGACUGCAAAUGGUGUCCUUUUCCAUCAUUAUCCCGUGCCACAUGGCCUCGUUGCCCGUUGGCAGCUUCGGAGUCAGUGUCCAUACGAAUGGCAACCGAUACGAAGGCCAGAUGCUGAACGCUCUGGUCGGUCGGAAAGCGAGACACAGGGACAUUUCUGCAUGGCUUUGGUUGCGUGCCUUUGGACAGGCGCACGGCAAGGGCACCUUCACAGGCGUGGUAAUCGCACUGAUCUCUCCAUCCAUCCAUCCAUCCAUCCAUCCCGCCUCAUGCACGCUGUGCUUCGUGUAUCGUGCAGGACGGGAGUGUGUUUGAGGGCCAGUGGGUCAACAACGUCAAGAGCGGCCACGGCACCAUGACAUGGUCCGACGGCAGAGUGUACAAAGGCAACUGGGAGUUCGACCAGGUAGGGUAGGGAAGGCACUGCAGUGCACUGCCGGUGCGGCGCCACACCAUGCAGUGCCAUGCACCCAUGCGUCCGUCCAUGUAUGUACUUGAUGCCGCCCGUGCGUCAGAUGAGUGGGUAUGGUGUGGAGACCAGCUCAUCUGAGGGCACUGAGUACAAGGCACAGUGGCUCAACGGCCUGCGAGACGGGUGCGGAGGAUCGCACCACCAGCACACACAAACAUUCAUUCUGGGUGGGUCUGUGGGGCUGGCUGUGUGGUUGGCAGGCAGGGGUGUCUGACGUACUUCACGGGUCCCCGAAGUGGUGACAAGUACGAGGGCGACUGGCAGCAGGGCUCGGCCACUGGCGCAGGCAGCAUGAUCUACAGCAAUGGAGACAAAUACAUCGGCCAGUGGCUCAACGGACUCGUACGCACCGACCCCUGACGCCACAUACACAGAGAACAUGAAUGAAUGCAUCGUGCACUUUGCGCCCCUCCCCCCCUGCCCUCAUGACAGAAACACGGCUACGGCAUCCAGCAGUAUGCGGUGCGACGCCAGAUGCAGCCAACCAUGCGCAUGAUGAGGCGUGCGUGCGUGCGUGUGUGUGUGUGUGUGAGUGUUGUGCAGGUGGACAUGGUCACGUACGAGGGCUCGUGGGUCAACGGCAAGCGCGAGGGGCAGGGCACCAUCACACGACCAGGAUGCAAGCCGUCUCAAGGCACAUGGAAGGACGACAAGGUAUAUGGAACACUCAACACACAAGACACAACACACAACAUACAACACACACACCUCCGGCAGAUAAUGACUGGGAUCCCUUGCCUCUCUCUCGUGUCUCAUCGAUAUGCAGAUGCUACCGCCGAGCCUCCGCACUCACACGUACGCCACCACGACGGGUCAUGCAGCCGCCGCACCAUGCCUCUGUCACAGGGCCAGCCGCCCGCCGCCGACCGUCAAGUCCCUCACAAACAAGCCUGCAUGGACGGCCGAGAAGGCAGCGGCCCGGAAGGCCCGGGCGGAUCGCAUCAUGGCUGAGCUGAUCAGAGAGGAGGAGGCGGACAAGGCGCGCAGGCAGGAGGAGGAGACGAGAGCGAUGGAGGCGGUGCGCAAGCUCAAGGCCAAGAGGGAGAGGGCGGCCGCGCGCAAGUCAUGCCCUGCCAUCGAAACACCAGCACGGUGGGUGGGUGGAUGGCUGGGCAUGAGGCGGGUCACAUGUGGCUCACAGGCGGGCAAUGUGUGUGUGUGUGUGUGUGUGUGUGUCAGGUCUGACGAUGAGAAUGAGCAGGAGAAGGAGGACACUCCGGCCGCUUCCACGUCUCUGUCUCCCUCUGCCGACCAGUCCAAGUGAAGCCGAUCGCUGCCGGCUCGUGUUGCUAGACGACGUCCCUCCUCUGUCUUUGUGAUUUUGGCAGUGUGUUGUGGUUUGGCGUCUUUGAGCCACCUGUGGAUGAGGCAGAUGAGGACAACGGCGACCCGUUCAUUGCCGUCCCCCGCAAGAAGAAGUCCAAGAACAAGCAGAAGGGCUGCACGUACCCAAAGACCACGAACGAGACAUCAGCCCACGAGUACAGAGAGAGAAAGACGAGACGGUGUGUUGGCUGUCGGCUGCAUGGCUCUUUGUGUGUGUCUGAAUGAUAUGUGUGCAGGUUUGCCCCCAGCACACCGUCACCUGCGUCCGUGAGCAAAUGCGCCAGCGCGCGACCCUCCCACUUAUCCUCGUUUGCGUGAGUCGACCAAACAAAGCCGAAGGGCACACAAAAUCCUGCCCCAUUCUCUCCACGAUUGGUGCAGUUCUGUGUCGUAUGACAAGCAUCAAGAUCCCCCGCGCCACUCCAGCCGAACCACGUAGGCACAGAGAGAGAGGGAGAGGGAGGGAUACAGAGACAAAGACAUUGGCAGAUGUGCAAUGACUGCUGUGUCUCGACAUCCAUACCAUGCAGCCGUAUGGCGAUGUGGGUGCCGAAGGCGAAGUCACCCGCCCACCCGAGUACGAGUACGACCACACCAUAUCGACAGACCAAGAGCCUCACAGGUGGGUUGGUACACUGUACAUGCCUAAGUACAUUGUCGUGUGUUUUGUCCGGCGUCCAUUUGCGUGUAGCGGUGCCGCGGCUGCGCAACACGAGAUUGAGGUUGAGCAGGAGAGAGCCCGACUCAUGCAGCAGAUGCAAGACAUCAAGAAACGGUCCGCCUGAAUGCAUUGCCAGCAUCUUUCUGCUUUAUCUGCCAUGUCUCCCCUUGUUCUCUCCAUCAGACUGUCUGCUCUCACCCCUCCCCGGCCCCCCACCCCCUGCGCCAUGUGCUUCGGGCAGCACGGCCACGCCACCGCCAUGUUCAUGCCCUGCAGACACCUGAUCCUCUGUGAGCCCUGCCUGGCCGUCUACACAUCAGCACACGCAGUGAGGGCCAGCCAGGCGGUCAUGCGCGGUGAGGAGGAGCCGGUGCUGCGGUGUCUGUGCGGGGCGACGGCGUACGACGCCGACACGAAGGAGAACCUGAUGCGCAAGUUGGAAGAGCACUUCACGUGGGGAUUCAUGUAG